GCCAAAAUAUCUUGAAAACUAAAAAAAAAUAGAUAGAAACUUUAAAUAGCCAGACCAGAUCUACAAAUAAGUCAACAUGACCAAUAAAAGCAAUAUUGUCAGUUGACUCCUUGUUGGAGUUAUUGCCCCUUAAAGACAAUUUGAUCUUUUUUUGCAUUUUUGCCUAUUAUCUUGAAAAUUAUGAUAGAUAAAUCAAAACUUAAAAAAAGCAAAAAUGAUCACCAAGACUGGAUCUGCAAAUAGGUCAUCAAACAUGAAAUUGUCAGUUGUCUUCACAUAAGUUAUUGUCCUAAAAUGACAAUUUUAAAAGUUUUUUGGCAAAAACUGUAGAAGAAAGAGAGAAACUGAUACCUGAAAAAAAAAAUAUAAGCAAUACAAGAUCAACACAAAAGAAUUUUUAGUUAACGAAUAUAUAUUAGUCUACAAUGCUGGAGAGUAUCCAUUGUUGAAGAUGCACAUAGACCUAGAAAAUGGGAGCAAAAACCAAAAGAAAACAUGCACAAGAUGAUGAUGUCAAAAAAGAUGCAAAACGAACAAGAAUGCAGGAAAAGACAAAAGGAAAGAUAUACAAAUUUUACAAUUGUCAGCUUUUGAGAGACCACAAAUUGGUUAAAGAUAAUCUGUAUGUACGAGAUGGAGUCAUAAUCAACCCUGAGAAAUUAUUUUUUGAAGAAAAAUUACCACCAGAUGAACAAAUCGACUGUAAAGGAGCCAUUAUUUGUCCUGGAUUUAUUGAUAUACAAAUUAAUGGUGCCUUUGGUGUUGAUUUUUCCUGUGACAUUGAUACCAUUGAGGAGGGAUUGAAGAUUGUUGCCAAAGGAUUAUUACCACAUGGUGUUACAUCAUUCUGUCCUACAGUUAUUUCAUCCAAGGAAGACAUUUAUAGGAAGAUUGUACCAAAAAUAAAGAAAGUGAAUGGAAAUAAGGAAGGUGCAGGAAUAUUAGGUGCUCAUAUAGAGGGACCUUUCAUUUCUGUGGAGAAGAAAGGGGCUCACCCAGAAGAAAACCUCAGACAGUUUCCAAAUGGUUUUUCUGAUUUGACAGAUUUAUAUGGUGAUCUUGAAAAUGUUGCUAUGGUUACUAUUGCACCUGAAUUAGACAGAUCAGAUGAAGUAAUAAAGGAGCUUGUGAAAAGAGGAAUUUCAGUUUCCCUUGGACAUACCACAGCUAAUUUAGUACAAGGUGAAGAUGCCAUUCGUGCAGGGGCCUCCUGUAUCACUCAUUUAUUUAAUGCAAUGGUUUCAUUUCACCAUCGAGACCCCCACUUAAUAGGUUUGUUGACCAGUAAAUUCCUGACAGAUAGACAAGUGUAUUAUGGACUGAUUAGUGAUGGAGUACACACACAUCCUGCUGCAGUAAGAAUGGCUUUCAGGAGUAAUCCUAGAGGAUUUAUCGUAGUAACAGAUGCUAUACCUGCAAUGGGGCUACCUACAGGGAAACAUCACAUGGGUUCACAGCUAGUGGAAAUUCAAGAUAAGAAAGCUUUCAUUGCUGGAACUAACACAUUGUGUGGAAGUAUAGCUACAAUACCUAAAUGUGUUCAGAAUUUAAAGAAAAACACAGACUGCACCACAGAACAGGCAUUGGAUGCUGCUACACUUCAUCCAGCAGAGGUUCUGAAAAUUACAGAUCGUAAAGGGACAAUGGACUUCGACACAGAUGCUGAUUUCCUUAUGUUAGACGAAAAUUUAAACGUGAUGGCUACUUAUAUUGCUGGAAAACUGGUGUGGCAUAGAGACUGGCAUCCUAAAGAUGCUUUAUUGAACAGACAAAUGUCUGAAAGAGUAGGAUGCGAAGAAAGUGCAAUAAAAAAUAGUUUUUGAUUUAGGAAACUAAUAAUGAAGUUGAGAUAUAUAUCCUUCAUAUUGUAGAUUGGUGCUAGAUUAUAUAAUGGUUAAUGUUAUAACAAUCAUAGGACGAUGUAUUAAGGGAAAUUUGGAAAUUUAAUGGGUAAACUUAUUUAUGCAGGUCAUCAAAUUUUGAAUGAAAUGUGAAAUUUAUUGAUUGACUCAGAUAAUUCGUUUAAAUAUUCAUAAUUAGAAUGUAAUUACUUUAAAUUCAGAAAUUUAUGUGUGCAUUUAUUAUUGCGAUUGUCGAACAUGUCAGAAAAAUGUGAGAUUAAUUACUGUGAAAGUACUUUUAUUCGUGGGUAUCAAUUUUCGUGGUUUGAGCAAAAGUUGCAUGUUCAUGGGUUCUUAAAUUCAUGGAUUUAAGUUUUUUGAAGAAAAAAAUUGGGUGAAGAAUGUGAAGCCAUCUCAGACGAAAACUCGUAAAAUAAUCAUAUGUUGUGUUAUAAUAAUUUCUGGGACAUUUCAAAAUAAGGUGUUUAUUUUCACCUACUUGUUCAUCUUUCAUUACUGACAACAUUCAUCAAACUUUUAAUAUGAUAAUUGCUUUCUGAAAUAAGCCGAUUCAUCUAUUCUUACAAAUGUUCUCAAUUGAAGGAAAUUGCAGAGUAAACAUUUUAAUUGUUGCACAUGUGUAAUCAGAAGUGAUGACACUAAUUAACUCGAGAUUGUUUGAUCAACAGAUUAAUGGUCACCAAAGGUGUUAAUUGGAUCAUAACUUGUCCCUUAAAGAAAAUGAUAACAUAAAAAAAAGCUACAAAUGGAAUUUGAAUUUUCUUGAGAAUUAAAAGGUUAAAAGUCGUACAGUUUAGGUUUUUUAAAGAUAAGAUGGACAGAAUUCUGUCUGAAGUUGCAUCUUUAGUUCAUAGUGCGUUUGCUGAUAUUCGAUGUAGUCAAACCUACGGUAUUGGGGAUCUUUCCAUGUCCUGAUUUGGACAACAGUUCUUUUAUUUCGUUGGACACUUAUAUUCGUGGAUAAAGCCAUCCACGAAAACCACGAAAAUUGGUAACCCACGAAUAAAAGUACUUUCACAGUAUAGCAAUUUCAGGAAAUGCUGCAUAUAUAACAAUGCUAUCAAAAUUCAAAAUGCAAGUGACCAUUUUUGCGAAACCUAUCCUGUCACAGUUUCUAUAAUAAUAAUAACAUCACAGAAAUUUAUGAAUUUACAGUGUUUAUAAAUAGAAUGUAAUUAUUCAAUUUGUCUAUUACCGCCUGUUUGUGAAUUUUCAGUAAUCUCAUUUAUUCAGGGCUUUAACCAAGCAUUGUUUAUUAGGCAUUUAUUAUAUCAACGGUUUUUAUGACUCUGUCAUGGUGGAGGGGGCAUUUAAGUGUUACCCUUGUCCGUCUGUACUCCCAAAAGUAGUUUCCAUUCUCUAACUUUAGUUUGCCUCAACCAAAUGAAACUUAUACCCAAUGCUUAUUACUACAAAACACAGAUCAAGAUCACUUUUACCGUUCUUGAGUUAUGUCCCUUUAUAACGUUAUAUGCAAGCGAGGGCAUCAUCUGUGUCCCAUGGACACAUUCUCCAUUCAUUUUUUUCAUUGGUAGAAAAAUAUUAACCUGAGAAAACAAUAAAUGCUUAUUGGUUUUCUUCAGUACAUAUAUGUCUUUAGCAGGGUUGUAAAAAGUCAUCUUUUUUUGUUUGCCAAAAAUUUAUUUCUUUUGACCUCUUUUUGAAAAGUCUCUCAAUUUGCUAUACAUAUAAACAGUUUUCAUAUGAAAAGGAAUUUAUAGAAUAAUGUCAACAUUGACUGUGAGUAAAUAGUAGCCAAGGUGGAAGACAAAGUUAAGACUCUAAAGGGAGUGCACUCAGUCUUCAUCAAGGCUACCAUUUCUGUUUUGUUUUAAGAUUUUUAAUUUUUGUACCGGUAUAUUAUAUUUUAUACUUUUUUUUUAUAACAUUCCAUGAGUAUUCCAGCUGCCAAAUUUAUAUUGUGAAAAGUUUCAUAUUAAAUAAGAAAAGGAUAGGUGUCUGUUUACUUUUUCUUUCUAAUUUUUUACCACCACCAAACAUAGUUCAUAGAACCCUAUGAGAAGAUAUAUGAAAACCUUCUUUUACAUCCACUUCAUUUGAACUUUGGUGGAUAGCUGUCUCAUACCACAUCUUCUUAUUUUUAUAUUUAUAUAUGAAAUCAUGUUUCUAGUUUCAGAACAUCAUUACUAGAUUAGCAAGCUUCGAUAUGAAAUGAUUCAGACAACCAUCUUCUAUUUCCUCUAACAAUAGAUUAUAGGGCAGAUAUUUUCCUGCAAUAACUAAGUAAUAAUAAUAAGUAUUGCAACUUAAUGCUGAUAAUUGUGACCCAUUUAUGGAAGUUUGUUGCAUGGCCCUGUCUGUAUACCAAAGUUAUAGUGUAACUAGUCAAAUUUUGUAUAAAAAAACUGUUAGAAUUCAAGGAAAUAUUUCAUUUGACUUUUUCUGAUCACAUUUUAAUUGAGAAAAAAAAGUUUCUAGAUAACAACUAAUACAUGUAUCAUUAUCUGCAUUGAACAAAGUGCAUGUAUUUUAUUAAAACUUUUUAAUAUUCCAUUUAAAUAUUCAUGACCCCAGGGGAUGGAAUUAAAAAGCUGAAUCUAUGGCUGAAUGUCUACUGUUAAUAUUGAGAAGGAAAUAACAUGAAAAACAUUGUAAUUUUUCUAUGGAAGGAUACCUUAUUUUUGUAGUACCAUCCCUUGGUUGUAUUUAUUCUUUUAAAAGGACAGCUCUAACUAUAAAAAAAAAUAUCUAUAAAAAUCUUCUAAAGUUAAUGUCAAAUUAAACCUAUCUAAGUGCUCAAGAAAAUACCUUUAUCAGUUCUUCUUUGUAAUUUUGCUUCUUGAUAAGCACAGUAAUGCUAAACAUGUAGGGUGUUAUUACUACAAACAAUAUUAAUGAAAGUAAUGGUCCCAAAGACAAACCAUCUAAAACCAUAUUUAUAGAAAUAACAUUCAAGAAUUGCAGUGUCAGAUUAUGCCAGUAUGUGAUAUUAUAUUGCUAUAAACAAAUGAUCUGUGCAGAAUCUUUUGGAGUCUCACAUUUAUUUAUUUUUUUUAUUUUUGCAAUAUAUACUGAGUAUAGUAUUUUUUUUUGUAUAAAAUUAAUUUACUUUUAAUGUUUAUGUAUUAAUGGUUGAGUUAUAAACUAAAAAUGUACCUGUUAUAGAUAUACAACUCUUGAAUAUAUGAUACUUUGUCAUCACUUGUACUUACAUCACUUUCAGAAACAAGAUGAUCUACUUUUGGUGUUUGUUUUCCUUCUUGUUUUAAAUCCUGCUGUAAUCAAAAAGUCCACCUCAUCUUACUGUUUUGGUGGUUUGUUUGGUUUACUCCAUAUUUUCUGCAUUUCCUUUUGCCCAAUCUAUGAGACAAUCCAUUACCUCCAUGACUCUGUCCUCUUUUAGCUGACGAAUAAGAGUUACUUGAUUUAUGAUGGUCCUUCCCAAGUUUCUUGCAGACACUAUAUUCAGCAUCUAAUUCUUUGAUUUUCUCUUUUAUAUCAUCAUCGAAAAACAUAUGUUACUGGUGUAGUAUCAUCACAUAAGGCUAUAUAUAUAGGUUGAAUGUCCCCCUUUAUAAAACUCCUUCUAUUAAAUGUUAUUUCAAUAAAAACUGCCUUGAAAUAACUGAAACGUAUCUCGACAAGUAACAGCAUAAGAUUGAACUUCCUCUUUUGUCAUGGAUUCCUGCUUUGAGGACUUGUCAAGGAACAUAUCCAUUAUAUGCAUUAAUGGACAUGCGGCUGUCUGCACAGAAAAAAAGAAUUAAAAAAAAACUAUAAUUAUUCAGGUAAUUUACAUUUUUUAUGCAUUUAUUUUAAAGUCUUCAAUUUAUUUCAUCUAUAUUUUACUAUCUAUUUCAUUGUAUGGCUGUUUUAUAUUUAUUAUUGAAAUGUAGAUAGGGAAAAUGAUUUUAAUAAAUAUAUACAUAUAUAUAUAUAUAUAUAUAUAUAUGGCAA